AUUUUCUUUCUACUCGUGCUUGUUCCACAAAAAAAAACUACUAUUUACCAUUUUCCGAAAACAAAAUGUUAUAAAAAUUAAAACUUAUCUCUCAUUUAAUUCAAAAUUGAAACGAAACCAUAAUCAACUUGAGUUAUUAUGGAUUCACAAGACUUAAACGAACACCUAUCAGAAGACAUGUUAUCGCGUUUCGAAAACGGAUCUGACCUGGAUGGAAUUAUUUCCGGUGAAAUAUUUCAACAGGACAAUCUCUUUAUGGGUGAUCACGAUGAAGAAAACGAACCCGAUGACAUUAUCAUCCUACAUAUGGACAUUCGGGAGCCUCUAAGCUCCUUGAAAACACUCUUGGAACAGAAAAUUGGUGUGGAAUUGAAGAAGUACACCUUCUGGUUGCAGGAUGCCCAAAUUCUGGAACCCCACAAAAACCUUGUGGACCAGUGUGUCAAGGGUGAAGGCCUGGUGCAGAUCAACGUCCAAAUCCAGACAAUCAAUCAACGAAUCAACAUCGUCGAUGUCCUCAAGCCCACCGAUGCAGCUUUGGAAACUCUUGGAAACCAGAAUAAUGUGUCAUCGAAGAACAUGAAAACAGACAUAAACGAGGACAGUGACUCGGCCGACGAUGAAGCAGCCGAAGAGCAAGACUCGACAAGUGACCAAAAGCAAAAACCAUGUCUCAACUGGGCGCUGGACACAAAGUUCAGAAAGGAACAAGCUCGAUUAAAGAUUCCUGACGAUCCCAAUGACUGGACAGUUCCUCAUGUCAAACAUUGGCUCCAGUGGGCAGUGCGUCAGUUCAAUUUGACUGACAUCAGCCGAGUUGAUUGGAACAUAACAGGAGAGCAACUGUGCUCCCUGACACAUGAAGAAUUCCGCAAGAAGGUACCCAAUGACCAGGGAAAUGUCUUCUGGACUCAUCUGCAGCUCCUUAAGGAGUGCAAAUUCGUGUCGGUGGUGGUGUCGGUUGUCCCCAAAGCCGAACGAGAAGAACAACUCUCGGAUAGCAACAGUUCGCCGGCACACAGAGAGCAGAAGAUUAUGCGGAAGACCCCGACCUACAAUAACCGCAGUAUAUGUGUGGUCAACAGCCAGAGCGGGACCACAGGUAACAACGGACAAAUGCAGCUUUGGCAGUUUCUGUUGGAAAUCCUAACCGACUGUGAGCACACAGGGAUCAUUCAAUGGGUCGGCACGGAGGGUGAGUUCAAACUCUUGGAUCCGGAGCGAGUGGCCCGAUUGUGGGGGGUGAAGAAGAAUAAGCCGGCGAUGAAUUACGAGAAGCUGUCUCGAGCCCUCAGGUACUACUACGAUGGAGAUAUGAUUUCAAAGGUUUCCGGAAAACGCUUUGCCUAUAAAUUCGAUUGCGACCUGAAGAUGUUGAUUGGCUACGAUGCUGCAGAACUGUCGAAGUUGGUCAACGAGAAGAAGUACGUUGACGAGUAUUUGACAGCAAAUAGUGACAAAACCGCCGACGAAGCGCAAUCGGAGGACGAUGAUUACGAUGACGAUUGAGGAGAAUGCGCAGCGAUGACAUUUUUUUUUAAAGAAUGAUUUAGAAUCAUCCCAAAAACAAAGAUUAUGUUGAAUUUCACUUUAUAUACAUGUUUAUGUGUGUAGAGGAACACACACAAAAAAUACAAGAAUGGCCCAAUUAUUUUGCCUUAAGACAGAAGAAUCAUGUUAUUAUGCUUGACUAGAAUAAGGUUAACAAAUUUCACAUUAAAUAAAACUAAAAUAUAAAAUAAAAAUCUUUUAUACGAGAUGA